AGUAAAUAUCUAACGAACUUUGAUAAUCUUUCUUGCGCUCUCUAACGCCGACGAGCCACCGCGAAAACAUCAACCACUCAAUGCCGCCGCCGUCGCCCUCGUUUUCUUCACUUCCCGUCGAAAUCGUCUUGGAAAUCUUAGCUCGCGUCCCGAAACGCUUUCACCCGAUCCUCUCUUGCGUCUCCAAGACCUUCCGCAGUCUUCUUCAUUCGCCGGAGAUACACAAGACUCGCUCUCUCCUCCGCAGAGACUCGCUCUUCAUCUGCUUCGUCGAAAAAACAGAUCAACAAUGGUUCACUCUCCGCAGAGCCGAGAAUAACAACCCGACAGAAGAGAAGAACCACUUCGUCUCCAUCGACCUCGCGUUCCCUUGUGAGACCGAGAAAGAGCCCUCCGUCGUCGCCAUAGGGGCGGAGAUCUUCUUUAUCUGCGGAUCGUUCUAUCCUUCGUCGGCCAUGUGGGUUCUUGAUUCAAGAACCGGGACGUUUCGCCGAGGACCUAGCUCGAGAGCUGCUAGGUUAUGCAAAAGCGUCGGGGUGGUCGGGAGCAAGGUGUACGUGAUCGGGAGCUAUAGAGACGACGAGAUACACGUGGAGGCUUUUGACACGAAGACGAACACGUGGGAGCUAGCGCCGGUUCCUGAGGAUCAAGAUUGGUGGAGUUCGGAUGCGACCGUGUCGUUAAACAGGAAAGUCUGUGCGUUACAUUUCUCUAGCGAUGCUAAUUGCUACGAUACUAGAGACGGGUCUUGUGAGAGUUUAGAUUUGCCUAAGGGUGAACGGUUGUGGAGAAGUAGAACGGGUGGUUAUGUGAUGAACAAUGUGCUCUACGUUUAUUACGCUAGGUUCGGGUUGAUGUGGUAUGACUCUGAGAUGAGGCUAUGGAGAGUGGUUAAUGGUUUGAGUCAUCUCAACAAGGUCCGGUCUGUUGCAAUGGCGGAGUAUUAUGGAAAGUUGGCGUUCUUGUGGGAAGAUGGUGUGAGUGGUGAAACUAAGGAGGUUUGGUGUAGAAUGAUUGCUUUGGAGAGGAGUGAAAGAGGGGUUCGUGGGAUAGCUGAAGCGUCUCAACUUCUGGGGAGCGUCCCUCGUGGCUAUAUACUGCAGCAUUGUCUCUAUGUUUCAGAUUAGAGAGAGUAGUGUGUCCCUCGUAGCUAUAGAUAAAAUGUCCUUAUAUGAACUACUUUGUUAUAGAUCCACCAGCCUUAUAUGAACUUUAGACAUGUGCUUUUGUCAUAGGAUCUCAUUGAUUAAGCCAAGGAUGUUUCUUUACAUUCCUACUUCUAUGUUUAAGUUUUGAUUGUCAGAUACAUGGACUUGUCCUCUAUAUUUUCAGCAGUAGUAGCAUAUUCAAUUCUUGAACUCUUGCUUUCUACAACUAUUUUUUAUGAUAUUAGAUUUGUAGAUUCUCUCACAUAUAGUGGUUGCUACUUGCAAACACUGGAACUGGACUAUGUGCUCUGUUUAUGUUAGUGAUUAAAAAAUUCCCACGAAUUAUAUCCCAUGUCCUGAAAGUAGUUACAAUAAGAUGGUUUGAUAUCUUUGGAACUAACUUGUGUCUCACGUUUCCUUAAAAAUGCUAGCUUCGUUUUGCAAUGAUCUUAAUAUUGAUGCAAAACCGAAUAUACUAGAGGAUCAGUUGUUACUGUUGAACAAUAGUGAAAGAUCAUUUUAUUAGGUUAAUAAAGACCAUUGUGUUUUACUAUGACCUGGCUCCCAAAGUCUCCGAUAGCUGCUGUGAGUUUUUCUUCUUCUUAAUUUUAUCUUUGAUUAAAUAAUGGGAAAUUGGGUUCAAUAACAUUUAAAAAAAAAACAUAAUUCACUAUCUAACUAAAAUACCUAUAUACCACCUUCCCUCCUCUUUUAUCUUCCCCUAUUUCUAAAAAUCUAAUUACCUUUUUUUUUUAUUAUUCCACAAAUAAAUCCAUAAAUAAUUUGAUUUUGUAGCUGAUCCGGUGAGAGCUCACCAUUUGCUUGUAUUCACUCAACACCGGCUUAGAUUGUAGUAAUGUUUUUUUUUCCUUAACAAAUUGUAAGUCAACCACACAAGCGUGGUUGAGUUGUACGAUCAAAACCGAACCUAAAUAACCAAAAUCUAACCAAAACUUUUAAAUAUACGAAUAAUUCUAUAUUUUUAUAUCUAAAAUAACCGAACAGACCACAUCGAACCGAACGAACACUAGAAUAUAUAAAAUAUUAAUUAUCAUACUAUUAGUUGAAAAUAUACUUAAGUGAAAACAUUAUAAUUUAAUUGGUUCUACAAUGUGCAUGUCAAAUGUGACUCAUUUCCACAUAGGAUUAUUCUCUUAAAACUUGCCGACAUGGCUAAUGCAAGAUUAACUUAACUAAAUCAUUAUUAAUUACCGCAAUUUCAAUCUCGAUUCAUGUUAAAUCAUGUUAUCCUAAUCAAAACUUGCUAAGUUAUUAAGAUGUUAAUCAUUUGGUUUAAUAUGAUAUUAUAAUUUUGAUGCAUAUUUUAAAUAUAUACUUAUCAUAUAUUUUUAAUUCGAACCACACAUAUACUUAUCAUUUAAUUUAUUGUUUAAGUUACAUAUAAUGUUUAUGUGAUAUAUAUGGUUGGGAUACAUAAUUUUGGUAUUUUUGUGUAUUUAAGAAUUACUUGGUAAAUAAUACUCAAAUAAAAAAAGACAUGAAAGUUUAUUUUGUUUACUCUUUUAAGGAGAAAACUAGAUUUUGACCCGCGCUUAAAAAGCGCGGAUUUGUUUUCGAAAUUAAAUAAUGUUUUUAAAUGAAUUUCUAUAUAAUAUAGUGUAUAGGUUUGACGCGAAUCGAACCGUACUAAACUGAAAAAACCGAAAGCAAAAGUGAACUGAAUUUCAUAAAUAACAUAACAUAUCAUAUAUCUUUAAAACCAGAAAAUUGAAACCGGACUGGGAAUCAAAUGGACACCUGAAUUUUAAAAAUAAAAUUAUGUGCUUACAAUUAUUAAUAAAAUUAAAUUUAUGAUUGCUAAAAUAGACGUGAGAAUAAUAUUAAUUUUAUUAAUAGGUCUAAGAGAAUUUAAUAUUGUUGUGCAUGUGUCAUUUAUAAAGGAUAUCUGGAAUGCAUAACAUUAUUCUGCAUGUAUAAUAUUAAUUUUAUUAAUAGGUUUAAGUGAAUUUAAUAUUAUUAUGCGUGUGUCGUUACAAUAUAAUUCUUUAAUUUUAAAUAAUUAAUAACUCUAUAUGCAAUUAUUCAUGAAUUAUAAAAUAAAUCGCUAUUUUGAAUAUCAAUAAAAAGUCAUUUAUUGUUCUUGAUAGAAUGCAAUAAUAUGUUUUUAAUCAAAGAAGUUCAUUAUAUUAUUAAUGUAAUAAAAACAUAUUUUUAAAUUAAUAAAUAGCAUGCAAUAUAUUUUAAAAAGGAUUAUGUGUGAUAUACUCAUUUAAAUACCUUGCAAUGCGGGAAUAUAUUGGUGAGGAGGUUACGGAAGUUGAAAAUAUAUUGUUUAUAGAUUUUGUUAACAAAGAGUUAAGAAGAAUAUAAUAUGUGUUAGAAUUGGGAAGGGAUAUGUACAUAGCAAUAUAUGCGGUUGCAGUAGUGCUUUUAAAUUAAAGAUAAAAUCAUAUGUGGUUGUUAUAGUGGUUAACUCACAGUAAAAAUUGGAUAAAUAUACAUAAUAAUAUUAUUGAGUAAUGUAGUGUUACAAAUAUAUAAGAUAAGAUCAAAAUAAAAAUUAAAUCUAAUGAAAGGGUCCAACAACUUUGCAUAAGUAGAUUUUUUCAGAAUGUUUCUCUUUUAAUAGUAUAGAUACGAGAGUUACUCUAAAUAAUUAUUUGUACAUAUUAUAAGAAUAAAACUGAACAAAAACACGAGUCUCUCGAUAUAGGAACAUUACCUACUUUUCACUAUAACAAAAAGUGUAUUCUGCAAGAAGUAACCGAUAAUAUCAAGUCGAGUAGCUAAUUUUUAAUACUUUUUAAUUGUUUUAUACUUACAAAUUUCUCAAUUCUAGUACUUGGUAUCCGACUUGAAAACAAUGAAUACUUGAAAA